AUGCCUCACAGAGAGCCUAAUAUCGGUACAUCCGAAUCACAAACACAAGAUUCUGCAGAACGUUCAGCUCGCAUUCAGAUCAAGAACCGCAGAAAAUUAUAUCUCGAUCGCCAUCCAUCAUAUUUCACAGCUCCGGACCUAGAGCUUGCAGAUCCAUUAUUAUAUGACCGAUGCAUUAGGAGGUAUCAGUCUGCUGCGGAAAGAGAAGCAGAUGGAAGAGGCAAAGGUUAUUCUGGCGUUUUGGAAGCAGAUCUUUAUCGGUCAGAAGCUAAACUUGCUGCGUUGAAAGGCAAUCUUGAAUUUUCGUCGAAAGAUGAAGAUAAUGGUACCGGGCACAUUGAGAAAGAUCACGGAGUUCCAUAUUUGAGCUAUGUAAGAGGUCAAAGUGGUGAAGUUUUACCUGAAGACCCGGAUGAGGUUCCAAAGGAUAAGGAGGAGGGCUUAGAGAGGUGGAAAUUUGAGAUGACACUUAAAUUUCUCAGAGGGGAGGAUCAAGAUUUCGAUUACACAGAUGUGGACGCUGGUGGUGAAUGGGAUGAGAUAGAGAACAGGGACGUUGAAGAUCAAUGGUUUGAGGAUGAAGAACCGGAAUGGGUAGGGGAAGAAGAUAUUGAGAAAACAGUCGGGGGAGAGACAGGGAUACAAGAUUUCUAG